CUAAGUACCCGGUUACAUUUUACAUAUUUACAACAUGACCAAUAAAGUAUUUUCAAUUUUUUAACUUUUAUUUGUUAACACUAUGCGUUGCUGAAAUGUAAGUUCAUAAUGCAAAAUUAAGAGAAAAUCAGUUCCGUUUAUCCAUGGACUAAGGUAUUUUAAUGUAUGCCUCAAAUGAAUUAUUAAAGUGAGGUUACGUAGUCCAAGUGUUCAUCCGAAGCACUUUCGUCUAUAGGUACGUUUAACCAUGCUGAAGACCAUGGCAAAAGCCGUACUGAUCGAUUUAAGCGGAACUUUACACAUCGAAGAUCAAGCUGUUGCGGGAGCAGUUGAGGCACUCCAAAAAUUACGAAAGACUAACCUGCAGAUUAAGUUUGUUACUAAUACGACAAAAGAGAGCAAAAGUUAUUUAUAUAACAGAUUAAGAAAGUUGGGCUUUGAGCUUAGCCCCGAUGAAAUCCACAGUUCCUUGGGCGCCGCACGCUCUUUAAUAGUCGCUCGUAACCUGAAACCCAUGCUGCUCUUAGAGCCGGAAGCACUCGAAGACUUCGAGGGCUUGCAAUGUACGGACGGUAAACCUGAUGCAGUAGUCAUUGGUUUGGCACCGUCGGAAUUUCACUAUGAAAAAUUAACGGAGGCGUUUAGAUGUUUACUAGGGGGCGCUCGACUAAUCGGCAUACACGCCGCGAAAUACUAUAAAAGACCGGACGGUCUGGCGUUAGGACCCGGCUGUUUCUUGAAGGGACUAGAGUACUCGGCCCAGUGCGAGGCCGAGCUCGUUGGUAAACCGAAUCCUGUCUUUUUUCGGUCGGCAAUCUGUGAUAUUCUGCCGGAAGAAAGUAUUAUGAUAGGCGAUGAUGUACACGAUGAUAUUGCCGGCGCCGUGAAGAUCGGUAUGCGGGGAUAUUUGGUACAGACUGGAAAGUAUCGAAGCGGUGAUGAGAGUAGGAUUUCUCCACAUCCGACCGCUGUUUUUCCUAGUUUUGUCGAGGCCGUUGCACAUAUUCUGAAUGAAUUAAAUUACUCUCUCUAAUUCGUUGAGUGUCAACAAUUAAUAAAAUUAAUUUAACGGAUC